CGUGUGUUAGUUUACAGUUGUCAACUGACAGUUCUUUUGGUCAGUUGGAUUCCGCUGUCACGGAAUAAAGACGUGUUUUACCAACCUCUGGAGUCGAGCCUCAUCCUCAUCCUGCCACAUUAUAUGUAUAGAGGAUCUUUGAUCAUACUUACCGGAAGUGUGGUUUCCACGUGACGCUGCUGCUUGAACGUUGCUUCACCAGUUUGACACCAUGAUAGACGAUUCCUCGUUUGAAGAUAAGACCCUGUUCGUUGUCGAAGAAGUACGACGAAUAAUACAAGAUUCAAUAGAAACAGCCAUAGGAGGAAAUGACUACAAGCACAGCAGAGUGGACCAGUGGACCGCCAGUGUGAUGGAGCAAAGCCUGAGUCAACUCAACAAGCUAGGAAAGCCUUUCAAGUACAUUGUAAACUGUAUCAUCAUGCAGAAAAGUGGAGCAGGUCUGCAAAUAGAAAAUGCAUGUUUCUGGGACAACUCUGCUGAUGGAAGCUGUACAGUGAGAUGGGAGAACAAGACCAUGAUCUGCAUCGUCACUGUUUUUGGACUUGCUAUGUGAACCUACAGCACCCAGUGUUUGACAUCUGUAGGAUUUUUCAAUGUUUUAAUGUUUGUAUGUGCAUCUUUUUAUGUUAGGUGCAAUUUAUAUCAUUACUAUGCCAUAUUGACUUGUCUUUAUUUACACAUAUGACACUAAAAUAAAUCAGUUUUUGGAA